AUGACUUUGGAGGAGGCUAGGGAGUCUCCUGACGUCGUAUCGGGUAUGUUUCUUGUAAACAAUGUUUAUACUCAUGUACUGUUUGAUUCUGGUGCAAAUGGUAGUUUCGUGUCUUCUACUUUCCGCCAUUAUUUGAAUAAGGAUGCUUGUAGACUAGAGAAGAGCUAUACUGUAGAAACCGCUGACGGCAAUCAAGUUAAAGUAGAUGAAAUAGUUUAUGGGUGCACGAUCUAUAUAGAUGGUAGAGAAUUUCCUGUUAGGUUAAUGCCUAUGUGUUUAGGAGGUUUUGAUGUGGUUUUAGGAAUGGACUGGAAGUGUGGUACGGGGAUCAUCACAACACUAAAAGCGAGAAGGUGCCUUCAGAAAGGGUGCACUGCUUAUCUAGCGUAUGUGGUCGACGCUAAGUUAGAAAAGGGAACGGUACAAGGGGUACCAGUGGUAAACGAGUAUCCGGGAGUCUUCCCGGAUGAACUACCAGGACUACCACCAGAACGUCAAGUUGAGUUUCGUAUUGACUUAGUGCCAGGUGUGGCUCCUGUUGCACGAGCACCUUAUCGGUUAGCCCCAACAAAGAUGCAAGAGUUGAUGAAACAACUUCAGGAGUUGUUAGACAAAGGUUACAAAGAAGCUAGCCACUUCUCGAAGAUUGAUUUAAGAUCAGGUUACCACCAGUUGAAAGUCCGAGAAAAAGAUGUGCCAAAAACUACUUUUAGAACUCGAUAUGGUCAUUACGAGUUUAUAGUAAUGCCCUUUGGACUGACAAAUGCUCCAGCAGCAUUCAUGGACCUGAUGAAUAGAGUAUGUAGGCCGUAUCUGGAUAARUUUGUCAUCGUGUUCAUAGACGACAUUCUUAUUUAUUCGAAAAGCGAAAAAGAACAUGAGAAACAUUUAAGAACUAUUCUGGAACUACUKAUGAGAGAGAAGUUGUACGCCAAAUUCUCGAAAUGUGAAUUCUGGUUACGAGAAGUGCAAUUUCUCGGUCAUGUGGUCAACUCGAAAGGAAUUAAAGUGGAUCCGUCAAAGAUAGAGGCCGUCAUGGAUUGGGAGUCGCCAAAAUCUGCAUCCGAAAUCCGAAGUUUUCUGGGUCUAGCAGGCUAUUACCAAAGGUUUAUCAAGGAUUUCUCCAAAAUAGCAACGCCUAUGACCAAUUUGACAAAGAAGUCAAUUAAGUUUGAUUGGGGAGAAAAACAAGAAGAGGCUUCCCGAAUCCUCAAGACCAAGUUGAGUAGCGGAAGGAACAGAAGACUUUGUUGUUUAUAG